AUGGGUGGAGAUGAAGAGUGGAGAAAAAUGGCAGACACACACAAAAUGAGUGAAGAACAAAUAAAAGCAGCAGGAGUUGAAGGGUCAAAGAGACCACCAGGUCAUGGCCCUGGUGAAGUUCUUCAUCAAAGGAAAUCACUUCCUUUCAGCUUCGCCACAAUGACCGUAGCUGGUUUGCUUAUUACAGCUGCUGUGGGAUACAUGGUCUUAUACGCCAAGAAGAAGCCCGAGGCUAGUGCUAAGGAUGUUGCAAAGGUUGCCGUUGGAGUUGCACAACCUGAGGAGACUCACCCUAGGAAAUAA